AUGGACAUGGCUACUUUCUGAUGUGAGAAGUUAGCAGGGAUUUCAAGCUGAGCCUGGUUAGCUUUGCACCCUAACACCAUGGGCCAGGGGCCAUGGUGACCUGAGGCCCAACGAUUUUGCUACCCAGUUGUCUCCUGUGGUCACCUCUUCUCCCUCCCUCGGCCACUCUGCUGGACAAUUCAGCUCCAUUCUUUAAGGUGGUGGCCCCAAAGGAGUCCCAGCAUCUGGUUUUUCUGCUGACCACCUCCAUCUGUCCAUCAUCCUGAGGUGGCCCGCCAUGCUUAAGCUGUGGAGGGUGGUGCGGCCUGCCCGGCAGCUGGAGCUGCACCGCCUCAUCCUACUACUCAUCGCCUUCAGCCUAGGCUCCUUGGGUUUCCUGGCUUAUUACGUCUCCACCAGUCCCAAGGCCAAAGAUCCCUUGCCCCUACCACUAGGGGACUGCAGCAGCAGCAACAGUGGCCCGGCCCGCCCCCCUGGCCCACCCCGAUCCCCACAGCCCCCAGAUGCCGUACGCACUGAGCCGGUGGUGCUGGUGUUUGUAGAAAGUGCCUACUCGCAGCUGGGCCAGGAGAUCGUGGCCAUCCUGGAGUCCAGCCGCUUCCGGUACAGCACAGAACUGGCACCAGGCCGGGGAGACAUGCCCACGUUCACUGACCAGGCCCGCGGCCGCUACGUCCUAGUCAUUUAUGAGAACUUGCUCAAGUAUGUCAACCUGGACACGUGGAGCCGCGAGCUGCUGGACAAAUACUGUGUGGAGUAUGGCGUGGGCAUCAUCGGCUUCUUUCGUGCCCAUGAGCGCAGCCUGCAGAGUGCCCAGCUCAAAGGCUUCCCCCUGUUCUUGCACUCGAACGUGGGGCUUCGGGACUACCAGGUGAACCCCGCUGCACCUCUGCUGCACCUCACCCGGCCCAGCCGUGUGGAACCAGGCCCCCUGCCUGGCGAAGACUGGACUAUCUUCCAGUCCAACCACAGCACAUAUGAGCCAGUGCUGCUUGCCAGCCUCCGUCCCGCUGCUGCGGCCGAGCCCGGACUCGUACCCCGCCGUGCCCGGCUGCCCACCGUGGUCCAGGACCUUGGGCGUCAUGACGGCAUCCAGCGCGUGCUCUUUGGCCAUGGCCUAGCCUUCUGGCUGCACAAGCUCAUCUUCGUCGAUGCCGUCGCAUACCUGACGGGAAAGCGCCUCUGCCUGGACCUGAAUCGCUACAUUCUGGUGGACAUUGAUGACAUCUUCGUGGGCAAGGAAGGGACCCGCAUGAAGGUGGCCGAUGUUGAGGCUCUGUUGACCACCCAGAACAAACUCAGGAACUUAGUCCCCAAUUUCACCUUCAAUUUGGGCUUCUCGGGCAAGUUUUAUCACACCGGGACAGAGGAGGAGGACGCAGGGGAUGACAUGCUGCUCAAGCACCGCCAUGAGUUCUGGUGGUUCCCGCACAUGUGGAGCCACAUGCAGCCACACCUGUUCCACAACCGCUCUGUGUUGGCCGACCAGAUGAGGCUCAACAAGCAGUUUGCACUGGAACAUGGGAUUCCCACGGAUCUGGGCUAUGCUGUGGCUCCCCACCACUCGGGCGUGUAUCCCAUCCACACACAGCUCUACGAGGCCUGGAAGUCCGUGUGGGGCAUCCAGGUGACCAGCACUGAGGAGUACCCCCAUCUCCGCCCUGCCCGCUACCGCCGAGGCUUUAUUCACAACGGCAUCAUGGUGCUGCCACGACAGACGUGUGGCCUCUUCACUCACACCAUCUUCUAUAAUGAGUAUCCUGGAGGCUCCCAGGAACUGGACCGGAGCAUCCGCGGUGGAGAACUUUUUCUCACGGUGCUCCUUAAUCCGAUCAGCAUCUUCAUGACCCAUCUGUCCAAUUACGGAAAUGACCGGCUGGGCCUGUACACCUUCGAGAGCCUUGUGCGCUUCCUCCAGUGCUGGACCCGACUGCGCCUGCAGACCCUCCCCCCUGUCCCUCUUGCGCAGAAGUACUUUGCCCUCUUCCCUCAGGAGCGAAGUCCUUUGUGGCAGAAUCCCUGUGAUGACAAGAGGCACAAGGAUAUUUGGUCUAAGGAGAAGACCUGUGAUCGGCUCCCCAAGUUCCUCAUCGUGGGACCCCAGAAGACUGGGACUACAGCUGUUCACUUCUUCCUGAGCCUGCACCCUGCAGUGACCAGCAGCUUCCCAAGUCCCAGCACCUUUGAGGAGAUCCAGUUCUUCAGCGGGCCUAAUUACCACAAGGGCAUUGACUGGUACAUGGACUUCUUCCCAGUCCCUUCUAAUGCCAGCACUGACUUCUUGUUUGAAAAAAGUGCCACCUACUUUGACUCAGAGGUUGUACCACGGCGGGGGGCUGCCCUCCUGCCCCGAGCCAAAAUCAUCACUGUGCUCACCAAUCCUGCUGACAGGGCCUACUCCUGGUACCAGCACCAGCGAGCCCAUGGGGACCCUACUGCGCUGAACUACACUUUCUAUCAGGUGAUCUCAGCUUCCACGCAGGCCCCACCAGCGCUCCACUCCCUACAAAGCCGCUGCCUUGUCCCUGGCUACUAUUCAAUCCACUUACAACGCUGGCUCACUUACUACCCUUCUGGACAGUUGUUGAUCGUGGAUGGCCAAGAGCUGCGUGACAGCCCCGCCACCUCGAUGGAGAACAUCCAGAAGUUCCUGGGCGUCACCCCUGUCCUCAACUACACACGGACGCUCAGGUUUGACGAAGAGAAAGGAUUUUGGUGCCAGGGACUUGAAGGUGGGAAGACCCGCUGUCUAGGCAGGAGCAAAGGCCGGAGGUACCCAGAUAUGGACGCAGAAUCCCGCCUUUUUCUGACAAAUCUUUUCCGGACUCAUAAUGUGGAGCUGUCGAAGCUGCUGAAUCGGCUCGGCCAGCCCAGGCCCUCCUGGCUCCAUGAAGAACUCCAGCAUUCUGGUCUGGGCUGAGAUCCCAGGCACCUGCACCAGCAAAAGCUUCCCGCUUCCUGAAUGGAAAGCCCGGAGCCGGGCUGGGGGGGGGAGGGACAAGAGCCUGGCCCUUCCUUCUACCUCAAUGACCCCAGGCCUGGCAUGGCUGAGAAGAGAAGGGCAUCCCUUUCCUUGGGGUCUGGUACCCCCCAUCAUGGUACUACACAUCCCUGAAGCAUGGUCUGGGAAGUGGGGAAGAAAGAAACGGGUCCAGGCAGGGUGCAGAGAAACAGUUCCUCCUAUGGAUUCCCUCUUCAGCCCCACAGCAUAUGCCUGACCGCGGGAGGGGGAUCCACCUGUGGCCCAGCCUCCUGAAUGUCAUUCACAUUGAAUGGGGAUGAGGUCGGACGAUGGCUCAGAGAGCUGAGACUGAGCCCACACCGUGGGCCAGAAUGUCCUUAAUAAACCUCCUUAUUUUUC